UGCUGUCUUCUGACAAGUGCACAAAUUAACUUCCUUCUUUACCAAAAAACGGGUUUAACAUAAACUACAAGAUGUCAGCUGGUUGUGUACUUGUGACGGGAGGAGCAGGGUUCGUAGGAUCACACUCCGUAGUGGAGCUAGUGGCUGCUGGCUAUUCCGUGGUUGCUAUGGAUAACCUUGUCAAUGCUAGUAUGGAGAGUAUGAAGCGUGUGGAGGCAAUUACUGGUCAGAAGAUUCCAUCCUACCAGGUUGACUUACUGGACAAGGCAGCACUCCAGGAUCUCUUCAAGAAACAUAAAUUCACAAGUGUCAUCCAUUUUGCUGGUCUGAAGGCUGUAGGAGAAUCUUGUGAGCUCCCAUUGUUGUACUAUAAAACUAAUGUUGGUGGGACAAUAAAUCUCCUGGAGGUAAUGAAAGAAAAUAAUAUAAAGAAUUUGAUAUUCUCAAGUUCUGCAACAGUAUAUGGAACACCACAGUAUCUUCCCCUUGAUGAGAAACACCCUAUCGGUGGAUGUACAAAUCCAUAUGGUAAAACCAAGUACUUCAUUGAAGAGAUCCUUCGAGACCUUUCAAAGUCAGACCCUACAUGGAACAUUAUAUUGCUGCGUUACUUCAACCCUGUGGGAGCCCACAAGUCUGGCACUAUUGGAGAAGACCCACAAGGGCCCCCAAACAAUCUCAUGCCUUAUAUAGCACAGACAGCUGUGGGCAAGAGGAAGGAGUUGAGUGUUUAUGGUACAGACUAUGACACACCAGAUGGAACAGGGGUACGAGACUACAUUCAUGUUGUGGACUUGGCAUUAGGACACGUGGCAGCACUGAGGAGACUUAAUACAGAAUGUGGUUGUAAGCUAUAUAACCUAGGAACAGGAAAUGGCUUAUCAGUGUUAGAUAUGGUAAAAGCCUUUGAAAAAGCCUCUGGUAAAUCAGUGCCUUACAAAGAGUGCCCACGACGUGCUGGGGAUGUAGCUUCUUGUUAUGCCGAUGCAGCGUUAGCAGAGAAAGAACUUGGUUGGAAAGCAACACGGGGUCUUGAUGAAAUGUGUGAGGAUCUAUGGAAAUGGCAGUCACAGAACCCAAAUGGAUUUAAGUCAUAGUGCUAAAAACUGUUGGUUCAGGGAAUCUGCCUUGUCAGGGUAAUACAGUGCCAACAAUCCUGAAUAGGAUGUUCCAUAUCAUCAUGGUUAUAUCAGGAAGUGACUAUAGGGAUCUUAUGUGACUGUGAUUAUCCUGGCUACAAUCAAAUAGUGGGACUUACAUAUUUGGUUUUAUUUUUUGGUUAUUUUCGUGCUUUUUAGCUGUUUAGAGAUUUGUUUCACAUAUUUUCAUGUUACAUUAUUACCAGUGAUAAAGUCAUUGUUUCUGGUAACUUUUCAAAAGAAAAUAAACACAGAAUCGGUUUGUUUUUUAACAUAAUGGGUUUAGACUUUAUAUCAAACAUAGACUUAUCGCUGGUAAAAUGUACUGCAUAGGGACACUGUGAUUAGGUGAUAGUGCUAAACAUAUUCCAUUCUUUAUUCUCCAUUUUGUUGUUGUUUUGAAAUCAUUUUGAAACCAUUAUUAAUAUGUGCUUUAAGUAUUUAAAAUAAUUCUUUUUCUUAAAGGUAGCAUAAUAUAACUGCUUGGUAUGCAAUUGUUUUUCAAAGUGGGGCAAUUAUUUACCAGACAUACAAAAUUUCAGUAUUUAUGUAUUCAAAGGUGAUUUAACUUAAUUUUCUAACAUGGGAGUCUUUGAUUUGAUAAAGUUUGUUUUUCUUUUUCUUUAUUUUUUAUUUUAAGUAUGUGCCAUUUUUUGUUCUUAUGAAUGAAACAUUAUCAAUAAUGACUGCUAUUUUAGGAAUC